AUGAACCCAACGCUGAACGCCGAUACGCCUCCACCCCCGCCUCCCAAGCCCACCAGCCACGAGGCGAGUCGCCGGGGCACACCGCAGCUGCACGCCUCGCAGCCAGGCACGCCGCAGUCCCAACGAUACCGAGCAGACGCGAGCAUGCAUGCGGCCACAAAUAUCAACCCGGGGACGUCUCUACCUCGCCCGCCGACCGUCGACGAGGGCUGGAUACCGGAGAUCGUGAAGGAGAAAUCGUACGCUUCCCUGUUUCUUUGUUUCGACCCAACCGUGGACCUCCAGACGAUUCUCAAAGACCCGAGUCUCAUCUCCGCGCUGGCGAGUCGCCACCCAUCCCACGCGGCGCACCAGGAGUACCUCCAGGCGCUGCUGAAGUAUAACAAGGAUCUGGCGGCCCAUGUGCUCGAGCUACAGGGCCGGGUGAUGGACCUGCGCGGGUCGACUGAGACACUGCUGCUAACGCACCAGUCGCUGGAGGUGUCGUGGCGGAAGAAACAGUCGGAGAUGGACGCGGCGCUGGCGCCGUGGUCGCCCAAGGCGCUGUACCAGCGGCUGGCGGCGUCGAUCGCCGAGCAGGAGGCGGUGUGCCAUGCCGUGGAGGAGAGCUUCCUGGAGGGAGAGCAUCACGGCCGGGCGACGGAGAAGGAGGUUGCGGAUUGGAUUCGCCGGGUGCGGGCGGAGGGGGCCAAGCUGGAGGCCAGACGGGAGGCCAAGGCGC